AUGGAGUCGCUGCCGGCGGAUAGAAUAAUUCGUGCUAAGAGCAGGGGUAACGUCAUGCUCGCCGCUGUGGAUUUUAUAGCUGGUUCACUGGGUGGAAUCAGUAUGGUUUAUGCGGGUCAGCCGCUGGAUACUGUCAAAGUUAAAAUGCAGACAUUUCCAAAUCUGUACCGAGGUAUGAUGGACUGUUUGCGACAGACAUGGAUGAAAGAAGGUUUACGUCGUGGCUUGUAUGCCGGUGCAGUGCCCGCAGUAAUUGCAAAUGUUGCUGAGAAAUCAGUUCUCUUUGUUGCUUAUGGUUCGUGCCAAAAACUGAUUAUGAAGCUGACGGGCAUACAGAGAGUGGAGGAACUGGGAACAUUCUCCAAUGCAGCAGCUGGUUCACUUUCUGCGAUUUUCUCAUCCCUUACGCUUUGUCCAACAGAGUUGGUGAAAUGCAAACUGCAGGCUCUGCGAGAGACAAGUUCACAGUCUAAAACAGCUACUCAAAACUAUGGACCCAUAAAAAUGACGAAAUACAUAAUAAAAAAUGAAGGAGCAAUGGGCCUGUUUAGAGGUCUGACUUCAACUAUGGCUCGAGAAAUGUUUGGCAACUUCUUCUUUUUUGGAGGAUAUGAAGGUGCUCGUCAGUUGCUCACACCUCCAGGGAAAUCAAAGGAUGAAAUUGGAGCUGUACGUACAAUGGUUGCUGGUGCUACAGGUGGUUUUGUUUUUUGGCUUGUUGUGUUUCCUGUGGAUGCUGUAAAAUCAAGAAUACAGGUUGGCGGUCUGAAAGAACCCAUGAUAUCUGUUGCCUUAAGGGUGGCCCGUCAAGAAGGGAUUUCUGCCUUGUACAAUGGCUUGCAACCAUCUCUUGUCAGAACAAUACCAGCCUGUGCUACUUUAUUUCUAGUGUAUGAAAAUAGUAAAAAGAUGUUGCUUAAACUUUUAGAAUGAACAGUACGGUAGAUUUGAAUGUUUUUAUUGCAUAAUGGCAAAAUCACUUCCACAGAUUUUGUCCUCAUAGUUAUACAAGUUGCCAAUGGAAAACUGCUUAGAGAAUAGUUUGGAGCAGUAAUACUGAAUAUUGGUUGCAGUGGAGCUCUUAAUCUUUUGAUACUGACAGUGCAAAUGUAAUAGGUUUUUAAAAUGUAAACCACAAGAGAAAAUCCAAGAUGGAAUAAUGACAAUUUUAUGAAGAGGAUAGAGUGCUACUUACUGUAUAGAGGAGAUGCUGAGUUGCAGACAGGCACAACAAAAAGGCUGCUAAAUGUGUGAGCUUUUAGCCAAAAGAAGAAGGCCUUUUGGCUGAAAGCUCACAUGUUUAGCAGUUUUUGUUUUGCCUGUCUGUGACUCAACAUCUUGUCUACAUGGUGAGUGGAAUCUAUCCUUUUCAUAAUAUUGCUAAUUACAGGAGACUUAAUUUAAGUAGAAAACUUAAAAAUUUUGUUUAUAAAUGCAAUAAAAUUAAGCAUGCAUAUAAGUAUUCAUGUGAACACUGCAAGACUGGUAAAUUGUGACUGUUUUUGUGGAGAUAAGGGUAAAUAUUAUAACACAGGGGUUAUUGAUACAGUGUGGUCAUAUGACUGGACCAAUACUUUACUCAGUACUUGACAGAAAGAAAUCUUGUAACAAUAUGCUAAUACAAGGUAUUUUUCCAUCCUUUGUGUAUGUUUAUUAAGUAUUAAUUACAAAUCAAAAAGAAAGUAGAAAUAAUCAUAAGUAGUCUGUUAUCAUUUAAAUUGCCCAUCAUUUACUGAUAAUAUAUUGUCAAAGUAUGAAGCAUGUUUAUCUAAGCUAUCAUUUAUUGGAUUGCCUAAUUAAUUAUAAGUUUCUGUAUUUAUUGUCCCACUCUUUAAUUUCAGUUGCAUAUAUUUCCACUUUUAGUUUGUAAGCAGUUUUAUGUCAGGAGUUGUUAUAUAGUGAAGAAUGAAAAUGAUGGUUUAGCAGUUGUGCGUAUCUCCAUGUUUUGUGUUCCAUUUUUUGUUUGUUUUGUUUUCUAACCAUAAAUUUGCACGUCAUCAUAUGUAUUCUAAAAAUAAUAUUUAUCUGUCACUGAUGGAUGAGUAUGCAAUGCCUGUGUACAACACUUGUAUCUGGGAAAAUUGUGUGUGUGUGUGUGAAACAUGUUACCCAAAUGUAACUAUUAGUGAUUAGUGUCACCUGCAUCUUCAUUCAUAAAUAUAUGGGCAUUAAUUUUUAAGAUAUAUACCUGCAGGAAACUAGAUAAGGUUUAUAAAGAGCAUUUAUUCUUGACAUGUUUGAAAGAGAAAUACUAGAUCAUGGUAUAAUCUUCAGUUUCCAAGGAUGUUUUCGUAUAUUAAACUCU